CUCCACCUGCUCCUCUGACCUACUCCAUCCUCAACCAAACUCCAGAACCAUGACCUGCUGUGGCUGUUCAGGAGGCUGUGGCUCCAGCUGUGGGGGCUGUGGCUGCAGCUGUGGGGGCUGUGGCUCCAGCUGUUGUAAGCCUGUGUGCUGCUGCAAGCCUGUGUGCUGCUGUGUGCCAGCCUGUUCCUGCUCCAGCUGUGGGGGCUGCAAGGGAGGCUGUGGCUCCUGUGGGGGCUGCAAGGGAGGCUGUGGCUCCUGUGGGGGAUGCAAGGGGGGCUGUGGUUCCUGUGGGGGCUGCAAGGGAGGCUGUGGCUCCUGUGGGGGCUGCAAGGGAGGCUGUGGCUCCUGUGGGGGCUGCAAGGGAGGCUGUAGCUCCUGUGGGGGCUGCAAAUCUAGCUGCUGCCAAUCCAGCUGUUGCAAGCCCUGCUGUUGCCAAUCCAGCUGCUGCAAGCCCUGCUGCUGCGAAUCCUGCUGCUGCAAGCCCUGCUGCUGCCAGUCCAGCUGCUGCAAGCCCUGCUGCUGCCAGUCCAGCUGCUGCAAGCCCUGCUGCUGCCAGUCCUGCUGCUGCAAGCCCUGCUGCUGCCAAUCCUGCUGCUGCAAGCCCUGCUGCUGUGAAUCCUGCUGCUGCAAGCCCUGCUGCUGCCAGUCCAGCUGCUGCAAGCCCUGCUGCUGCCAGUCCAGCUGCUGCAAGCCCUGCUGCUGCCAGUCCAGCUGCUGUGCUCCUGUGUGCUGCCAGUGCAAGAUCUGAGAUAUCGAACGAUCUAGUCAUCAGCUGAGUUCUUCCAUUCUCUUCGUUGGGGUAGGGUGGGGUAGGGUUGGCUGUUCUCACUGUUCACAAAGCACUCCCUCGGAUAUCACCCUGUUUCUCUGAGGUGCUCUUUCUCAGAUAUAUGGCCUUCUCUACUACUCAGCCAAGGAGGUUAGUGGCCACAGGGACUUUCUGACUCUUCCUUGGCCAAUGUCUACUCCUCCCAGAUGUUUCAUAUUCGUGGUCCGCAGCACCUGGUGAAGGACUGGAUUCUUAACAGGAAAAAGCCACACACUGGCCACAUCAUGCCACUUCCUCCUGCCAGCACAGUCCACACUGGUUCCUCCAUCAUGCCAUUUUUAUACCUGUCUCUUAGAACACAUUAAUAUUUUC